UACGCCGUUAAGUGACGUCGUUAAGACGUGACGGUUAUAAAUGAGCUAGACUAUCCAUGGCUUGGGCGCCUCGCACGAGAAGAGAAGAGAAGAGAAGAAGAGAUCUCGCUGAACAACUGCUGCUCGUCCAAAACCCUAAAAUUUCUGCAGAUCGGUGAAAGAUUCAUAAUGGGGAGGGAAGUUACGGAUGUUUGCGUGGACCAGCAGCCUGAUUAUGUGGUGGUUUAUUCAAAUGGAGAUGCCUAUGAUCCACAUGAUGAAAUUCCCACCAGACAUGCUGAACUCCCAGAAUCUGAUGAGCAUAUCAAGGCAGACCCAGACUCUCUACUACUGGUGGAGAACCCUGAAUCGAAGGAAUAUGAAGUGAAGGAGUGCACCACUGAGAAUUCAAUUGAUAUUGCUGAUGUCUGUCAAGAUGAAAAUUGUCAUAUGGGGCAAGAGGUACCUCAUGUUAAAAGCUCAAAAACUGAUGCUGAUAUUCCAGAGGAGAAAAGCGAAACUCAGAAGCCAAAUAAUCACAAGAAGACCGUGAAACCGUCAUCAAAAUCUUCCACUACUGGAAAUGGUCGAUCAAAUUGCACUGUUCCAAGGCCAUUUUCUCUGGCCACCGACAAGCGUGCUUCGAGUGGAACUCGGCCUGUUGGAGCUGAAGCUGCUGCUGGUUCUACCAAACCUGCUAAUGUAAAUGCACAGCCCUCAAGCAUGAAAAAGACUCAGCCAAACCCACUCACAUCAAGGAAGCCACUGCAACCUGAUAAUUCAAAGCAUCCAGAUGAAGAAGAUGCUUGCUCUGAGGCAUCAUCAAAUGCAGCAUCUGUAAGAACGCUAAAAGUCAAGUCGACCAUGGCAGCUGCUCCUAUUUUUAGAUGUGGUGAGCGGGCAGCCAAACGAAGGGAGUUCUACUCAAAGUUGGAGGAGAAGCACCAAGCUUUGGAGGUAGAGAAAACCCAGUGUGAAGCAAGGACCAAGGAAGAGCGAGAGGCUGACAUAAAGCUGCUUAGGAAGAGCUUGACAUUUAAGGCAACACCAAUGCCAAGCUUCUACCAUGAAGGACCACCCCCUAAGACUGAACUUAAAAAGAUGCCUCCGACCCGUGCGAAAUCCCCAAAGCUGGGCCGGCGGAAGAGCUGCAAUGAUGCAAUCAAUCCCCCUCAAGGAAACAGCUGCGGACGUCCAAACCGUCACAGUCUGGGCAGUUACAAAGAAGAUAACGAUAAAGAUGAGAGGAAUGUGAGGAAUGGAAAAGAAUCGCCCAAGGCUAUGAAAGAGAGUGCCAAAUCCCUUCCUCAUAAGAUGGCAGACCAGAGAAAUGUGGAUAUCGCGGUCCACUUGUGAGUUCAUUUUAUUCUGUUUGAGUUUCUUUGUUUUUUACUUUUCGUGUCCUGUCCUGAAAUUUGCUCUCUGCCUUGCAAGAACUUGUUGCAGUGGUUUGUUUUAUGAGAUUUGCUAAGCCCACAUGCACCUAGCGCCCUGCUAAUUGACGCAAAUCACGUUUCGGUAUGGUGGAUGUGCAUUGAAAUGCCCAAGCUGUGGCCAUUCUAUUCAGGUGGGCCAACUACUCCUACAUUGUUCUGUACACUGUUCCAACUGAGUGAAAUGUCCUGAUUUUUCUAGUUCAGAAGAUCUAAUAAUCGGUGUGGCCCACCUGAUGAUUGGGAACCUCACACAUGCAUGCCGAUGCGAUAUAGUCGAUGCGAUAUAGUCGCAAGUGAUUGUCGUGUAGAUGGGCAGUGUGCUCAACCAUUGUGCCGGGCUUUAGCAAACAUCUUGUGUGAUAUAUUUGUAAAUUUUUGUAAGUUAUAUAUAACUAAAGAAAGUGACCUCUCUCUCUCUC